AGAGGAGCGCUUUGCAAGGAGGGAGGCGUGCGCAUGCGCAGAGAGUUGUGUAGGGUGGGGAAAAGCAGACACCAAGAGGGGGGAGCCACUGCCUUGUGGAAUAACAGAAGGAGCUUCUUUAGAGAAGCAGGGGGAGUGGGUCCGCCCCCGCUUCCAGUGGCAGCUGCUGAAACCACGCCAAAAACAGUCCAACCACUGCUCCCCCUUUUUGCCCCUCCUCUAGCCUUAGAUCCCCCCUUCUUAACAAAGUGGGGAGAAGCCUUAGCCUCAGCGAGGGAGAGGGGAGCCUCUUGUGCCUUCAAAUCGGGGCUGAGAUCCCCCUCUCUAAUAAAUAUACACUAUUAUUAUAGUAUAGGGGGAUAUAAUAAUAUUGAUUAUUGUGGUCCCCCCCCCCCCCCCCUUGCUUCCCUCCCUCCUUCCCCUGCCAAGGGAUGCUUUGUCCUGCUCCCUCUUCCUCCUCCUCUUGAGCAGAGCAGCAUGAGCCUGGCCAAUGAGACCUACCUCUUCAUAAAAGACAUAAAGCCCGGACUGAAAAACUUAAAUGUCGUCUUUAUUGUGCUGGAGAUAGGGCGAGUUACCAAAACCAAAGACGGGCACGAGGUGAGAUCCUGCAAAGUGGCCGACAAGACGGGCAGCAUCACCAUCUCCGUAUGGGAUGAACUUGGCAGCCUCAUCCAGCCGGGUGACAUUAUUCGAUUGACUAAAGGGUAUGCAUCUCUGUGGAAAGGAUGCCUUACGCUUUACACUGGAAGGGGAGGAGAGCUUCAAAAAAUUGGGGAGUUCUGCAUGGUGUACUCAGAAGUGCCCAACUUCAGUGAACCCAACUCGGACCAUCUUGGGCAGUCCACCAAAGCGGCACAGGGUGAGCAGAGUAAUAACUCCCUUCCAUCAACUAAUGUGGGUACUUGUACUUUUGGGCCCGCUGGGAAUGGUUUGCCAGCGGGACCGGAGCUGAGCGGCUCAUCAACUGCCUAUAACCAUGCCCCCUCCUAUGCAGGUACUGGGAGGGCUGGCGGACGUGGUGCCCCCCCUCCUCCUCCGGUGCCAUCUAACAAUGCCCGCCCCCCUCAAAGCACAAUAAGUAAUGGGAGAGAUCCUCGGAGAGCUUCAAAAAGAUGACCAAGCCAAAAUGCCACCCUUGCUGCCUAAACCCUUUAACACCCUACUUGAACACUUCCUGCACUUUUAUUUGUGGUUAAAACUGUGAAAAAGGUUUGUCCCUCCUCCUCAUCGUAGGCCUUCUAUUCGUCUGGAGAGAGGGGCCUUUUCUCUCCCUUCCCCUCCGCCCAGCUGAAAAUUCAGUGGAAGUGAAACUCCUGAUUUUGCGUUGUCCCAGGAAGAAAAUGUCUUAAACAGGAGUCAUAGUUGGAAUUUUCUUUUAAUUAUUAGACCCUUGUUCUCAAAACAUACCCAAGAUUUCUGGGGUGCCUAUGUUUAUUCCGCUCCGGUUUAUACAAUACAGCCUUAAGAAGCUUACAACUCUUCUCCGGUCCCGUGACAGACUCCUAUCAUAGUCAGUGGGCGUUUGGGAGGAAUCUCAAAUCUUAACAGAUCUCCAUUAAAACGACGUGAUGAUAAGUCUAAACCAUCUGAUGCUGUCACAGAAAUGCUGUCCAGUUUCUUUCUUUUUCUUCCAGUGACUGAUUCAGUGAAAGACAAAUUUCUCUUUUGAAAAUAUGUGCUAUUUCACCCAUGGCCCAGUUUAUAUCUUCAUCGUCCCUACAGAAUUCCAAACAAUGUCCCUGCCUACAAAAUGCUGUAUCCAAGCCAUCUUUCUAAGCGUAAGCAAAGAUGAUAAUUAAGCAAAAUGCUGUGACAUUUCCGAUACUUACUCUGUUAGGGUUUCUUUCAGGUUUGUAAUACAACACCAUAGAAAUUGAAAAGUACCAUAGUUGCAGUAACAUUGUCCUGGGGCCUUUUCACAUCAUGUUGUUAUGGCAUGAUGGGUUGACUUUAAUUGCCAUGCUUCCUUUUGGUGAAAUCUUGAUAUUAGCAGUUGAGAGCGGGUUUCAAAAUCAGCCACAGAACCCAUCUGGUGCCGCCAACCAAACUAAAAGAGCCCACAAUUCCAUAAAGUGGAAUGAUAGUGUUAUAAUUUUGUAGUGUGAAAAAGUCCAUGAUCUUCAAAACCUCCAACAGUGCACCUUUACUUGAAAAGGGUAAAAUCCAGAAGGAUACCUACUACUUGAAUCUGCAGCAAUGUAUAACACGACCAUUUUCUACGCUUCUCUGAUUACAGAUGGUAAAGUGAUGGUUUCAAGUUUGGUGGUGGUUGUAGCAGGCAGUGAAAAGGGCAGCCAGUUAGGCAGAAAUCCAAAAUGAUUGCAACCUGCUAGUUUUCAGUUUGUGGUGAUAUUCCCCUUUCACACACCCUCUCUUGUGGGAUCCUUCAGCAUCAUGUUUGCACCCAGGAGACACUUCACUGCUUGAUUCUUCUGACGGCAUAAAUUUGGCUCAAAACUAUUGAAGAGUUGCAAAUGAAAUACAAGCGAGUGUGUGAAUGUUCAGUGCUAACGCCCCCUUUCCUUGAGGAAAAUUCUAGCAAAAUCCUCAAGUAUCCUUUUUUUUUUGUGCACGAUUGGUUUUGAAGCUGCUCUCCUUGAUUUCUGGAAAAGCCAGACUUUUGCCUGCUAAUUCAAGUUGCUUAAAAGUUAUUCCAGUGGAACAGGCGAAGGAAUGUUUUGGUGGUCCAAGCCCUUCAGGAAAAGGGGUGCAGUUUUCCUUUUCUGUUGUAAAUAUUUUUGAUACCUUUUACCAUCAUGCCACUUAAAAAUGCUGUCCAGUUCAUAGGUGGCAAAGCCCGUGGGUUUGAAAUGGAUUCAAUUUCUGUAAUAUGGCUGGGUUCCCCCUCCCUUUUUUGUUACAUUAUUGAAGCGGACCUCAUAAAUAAAAGUUGCACUAACCAUGUAAAGGAAACAAAACCUAAUUUCUUUUUUCCACCUGAUUAUCCAAGGUAAAUAAAAUGUAUGUGUGUGUGUUUAGUUCUUAUAUUAAUCAAAGCUUGAAAGUGGUUCCUGUCAACUUAUUUGCAAGUAUAUAAAGGUGGGGGUGCUAACAUUUGCUUUGACUUUAUUGGUGAUGUAUAAAACUAAAUUUUUGGCAUC